CGGCAUUCGGAACACCUUUGGAUCUUUACCCGCCUUCUUUUCGUCUGCUGGAGAUCCGAAAGUCCCGAUAUCAUAUGACAAUACCGGAGUGUGAGAAAUGUCCUUGUUCGUGAGAACACACAUAUUGAUGACGUAAGGCACAGUGAUAUCCGGAAGAAGAUUAUUUAUGUAAAAAUGGCACCCAGAGCACUGACAAUAUGUUGUGAUAUUGUACGAUGGAUCCCUGUUGUAUUUAUUACAGCCAUUAUUGUAUGGUCAUACUACGCAUAUGUUGUCCAAAUGUGUAUCUUCACAGUGCCUAGUAUAGCAGAGAAAGUUAUAUAUCUGUUGAUCUACCAUCCUAUACUUGUCCUGUUUAUGUGGUCGUAUGGAAAAACAAUAUUUACUCCAUGCGGGGCAGUCCCAAGACAGUUUUAUUUGUCAAAAUCAGAUGUGGACAGAAUGUCAAGGGAGAAUGAGGAAGGACAGAAAGCAGUUUUAAUCAAUGCAGCCAAAGAGUUACCAGUCCUGAAUAGGACACAUUCGGGCAGUCCAAGAUACUGUGAAAAGUGUCGAUGUAUAAAGCCCGACCGAUGCCAUCAUUGCUCAGUGUGUGGCCAAUGUGUACUCAAGAUGGAUCACCACUGUCCAUGGGUCAAUAACUGUGUAGGAUUUUCCAACUACAAGUACUUUGUGCUGUUUUUGGGAUAUGGACUGCUGUACUGUACAUAUGUUUCAGCGACUAGUUUACAAUAUUUUAUAUUAUUUUGGAAGAGUGGAGUUUCCAAAGACAUGGGUCAUUUCCAUAUAUUGUUUUUGUUUUUUGUUGCUGUGAUGUUUGGAAUAAGUCUUAUAUCUCUGUUUGGUUACCACUGCUAUUUAACAGCUAGUAAUAGAUCGACUCUAGAAUCCUUCAGAGCUCCUAUAUUUCAGUCUGGUCCAGAUAAAAAUGGAUUCAGUCUAGGAAAAUUCAACAAUUUUACAGAGGUGUUUGGUGUAGAUAGGAAAUUAUGGUUUAUACCAGUUUUUACAAGUGAGACUGAUGGGGUGUCCUUUCCCACUCGAAACAAUCUGCAGGCUAACAGUAACAAUUCAUACCAAACUAUGGGGGAGACACCCGCUCCCAGUGCUGGUGACGGUAUAACGUAUCCCACCAGGACGAUAGAUCUGGACUCGGACGGCCUCCUAGCCGACCGGCAGCGGUGGAUGGAGGAGGGUGAAUCAGAUGGAGGGGGUGCCCUGUUUUCUGGGUCAAGUCAACAACAUCUAAUUAAUGACAAGGAGUGACCUUAAUCAUCGAAAAGAAACCAAGAGGUUAUGGAACUCAUGAGAAUGGUGGAUUCAACAUGGCUUGACCAUUGACCAACAAGCAUGCAUAAUAAAGAGCUAUACAGUAUUGUGAGAUAGUGAACAAUGACCAAUCGAUGCCUAUCAUUCCCAAGUGUUGCGACAACAUUUCGGAUCAUUAGGGUGUUGUGAUUACUAAGUUUCUUCAAGACUUCUCCUUUAUUUCAUCAAAACAAUUUCCCUCUAAUGUUUUGAAUGACUAACAACAACUCUCUUUUUUUUCUAUAAGAUAAGUAUGCAUUAAAUGCAUGUGCAGCACAUGUACAUGUAUUGAUAUUGAUAGUGUAGUAGGAUGCACUGUUGAUUUAUGAGGACUUUCUGUGAUGUUUUUUGCUUUCUACUUAAAAAUCAAUUUGAAAUUAAUAGAUAUUGAAAUUGAAAUAAGGAUGUAUGUGUGUAUGUAUAAUAUAUGUACACCAUUAGAUAUCAAUGUGCUGUUCAGUUGGUUGUUAAAUGAUUGUAUGAACAAAAAAUAUUGCACAUACAAGCCAUAUUGCUUCUGUUGUUAUAUACAUGUACAUGAAUUGACCUGCAAGAAUGUAAUCCAUACAUGCUCUGCAAGUAAAAGAUAAAUUUAAGAUCAUCUUUAAAAGAAUGUUUGUUUGCCCCUUCCAUCUCCAGAUGUGAAUUUUUUUUAAUAGUGUGAAAAAUAUUAUCUUUGUCCAUUUAAUUUAUUAAAAGACCUGCAAACAGCUGUAUUUAGAAGAGAAGACCACGUUCAGAAUAUGCAUUAAAUAUCUAAGCUACAUGUUGAUGCUACAUGUUCUCAUUUCGAUAGAUUGUCAAGAGAUGACAGCAAUGUUUUUUUUUAAGAAUAGUGGCCCAAUAUGGUUAUUAUGCAUUUGUAUUCACCAUUUCUUCCUGUACUUUGAACUCAGGUUUUUGUUGAAUAUGUCUUUCUAUUUUUAUGACACUUUAUUUAGCCAUUAAAGUCUUCUUAUAAAUUAUCUCUCUAAUUUCGAGUCCCAGUUUUGCGGGACUAAAAAUUGACAUGAUGUAAAAAAACCUUUAAAACCAAAGACUGAUACAAGAAUUUUCUACUUUGUAUGUUGCAAGUGGAUUUAGGUUUUGUUUUGGCAUCCGUAUCUAGUUUUGAUUAUAAGAUAUAGGCAAAUUUCAAAAAUAUAAGCUGUUAUUAAUCAGAACUUGGGUUAGAAUUUCUAUGUGGUUAACAAAAAUUUUUAAAACUGAUAAGCAAAUUUUUAAAAAUUGAAAGCAAUAUUUAGGAAAACACAUAAGUAUAAAGCUAAAAGUGGUACAAAACAGUAGGCUUCUACAUGUAUGUACAUGUAUACAGAAAUUGAUUCAACUUAAGUUUUCAAAGUUCAUAUUUAAAAAGGGAGAUUGUGAAAAUAAUGUUAAUUAUUAAUGUUAAAAAAUUUCUUGUGAUAUUAACAAGAAUAUUGACCAAAACUUUGGUGCAAUUUAUUUAUGAUGUAAAUUGUCUCUGUGUGAUUAAAAGUCUCUGUUUUGAAAGUAUUUUUUUGUUUUGUGUAUAAAAAUGUGAAAAAAUUGUUUGUUUUGUGUACAAUGUACUGUACAUAGUGUUGAUACCUUUUUUUUAAAAAAAGAAAGACGAAUAGGAUUUUUCUACCCAUGUUGCUGCUAUUCCUGUAUAUGUUGUAUGUAAAAUAUUUUUUCACUUUAUCUUUAAAAAAAAAUUCUUUUAUCAGUUGCAUAUAAUAUGAUAGAUCUUUCUUAAUUGUAUCAUAGAAUAGAUUGGUUAUAUGCACUCUUAUCUGAUGUGUACUUUUUCCAUCUUCCACACCUAAACACCAAUUUUCAUUGACAUGCAUUUAUCUACAGGGUUUACAGACAUACAUUUAAUUGUACUUGACAUUGAUGCUUUAAUGAAGAUAUCCAAUAGAGUAUUUAUUCUUAAAUUGUAUGAAAAAUAAAUGUUUGGAAAAAUC